ACAGAGUUUAUACAGCAUUUUCUAAUUGAAAAAAGAAACUAUUUUCAACAGGGCAAAACAAAAGAGUUCCUUAUUUAUGGUCUUAAAAGUUUGUUAAAACUUAAAACAAAAUUGGGAAGUACAUUUGUUUAUAAUCUGCACAAAAGCACUAUCAGCAGUGGUCAAGGAGAAAAAAUUGGCUGCCUUACAGCAAAUUGUUUUUUAGAGGAGUGUUAAUUGUUGAGAUGCUGUGGAGUGGAGGAUGGAGGGAAGACUGUCCACAGUGUGACAUGCUUGGAACUAAACAAGAAGUUUCACAAGGUGUAGCUUUAGACAUUUGGGAUUGUUUCACUUCUUUGCAUAGCUUUUCCCUGGUUGUGAGUUGGGUGCCAGCCUGCCACUUCAUCAGUGCCACUGCUGGGGUUUCCUGUGAGCUGGAAGAAGGGAAUGCUGUUCUUCAUGGGAAGCAGUUCCAUUUGUUUCUGUCCUUCUGUGGCAUCUAUUGUUUGUAAAGAUUUGACCGUGGAGCUGCAGAGCAAAGCACAUGGAGGAGCUGAUCCUGCUCUGAACAGGCGUUUUCCUUGAAGUUUGUGUGGACCUGCAUCUUCCUGCUGAAUUUUCAUUAUAAGAAAGAUGGGGAGAAAGCAGAGUGUGUGAGACAAUAUAAGGAAGUGGCUUUAAAUUGGCCUUUCAGCUGCAGUUCUCAUAAAAACAGCUGCUUUUGCACAUCUUUAGAGUAAAAAAGCUAAAUUCAAAUAUUGGCCUCUGUGCAAAGAAUCAGAACUGGGUGCUGGGUGCCUCUUUGUCCUAAGGCACUCUGAGAGGGUGAGAUCUAUAAAACUCUUAGAUAGCUUUAAAGGGAAGAGAGGGUUUGUGGAAAGAAGCAGAAGCUUGUCAAGAACCAUGUGGUGGCCGGAGGUGCUGUGGUGCUUUGGCAAAGGCCGGAGUGGGAGCUGGGUGAUGUGUCAGUGGGAGGGAGCUGUGGUGUCCCUGGGACAUUGCUGCUCUUGGCUCUGUGUUCCACACGCUGCUGUUGCCACGAGGAGUGAGGCUCUCACUGUGUACCUGCCUGGAGACUCUCCAUCUCAUAACACAGUUUGGUGCCACUCAGGACACAAAGUGUCUUUAUUCUUGUAGUGCUUGUGUAUUGCACCUCAGUUGGGAACCACUGCUCCUGGAUUUAGAAACCAGCCUUCCUUCCCCUUGUCUCCUCAAUAAUACUUUUUCUGUUCUGACACAGGUUGUAGGUUUCUCCUGAUAAAUAAAUGUGUGUAGAUCCCACAACCUUCUCUGUGUAAUAUCCUCACUCACUGACUGUGCUUUGCUAACUUGACUUUCCAGGUAAUACACAAUGAAAUGCCUAUCAGGACUUUCAAAUUUUUUUUUUUCCAUGAGAAAGUUGAGUAUUUCCUGUCAUUUUUCCUUUUCCUGACUCUGUAUGGACACCCGACGAUAGGAGUCUUCCAAUCAAAGUGCAUUUAAUUGUAGAAACUGUAGCAGGAAAAAGACCCAACCCUGUGGUGGAGUCUGCAUACUUUGUAUUAAACCUGUUUGCUUGGGUAAAACUGAACACGAAGGCAAAACUUGGAUGCAACCAACAUUUUUAAGAAGCUUGUUCUCUUCUUCCCCUGUAAUAAAAACUUUUGGGUCUAAAUUUAGCUAGGAGAAUCUAAAUUUGCCAGGAGAGCUAUUCCAUUUUCCAUGACUUAAAGGACAGUUUAUUUGAGAAGUAACUUUGUUUUAAAGAUGUCUCAAUUGCUUUGGGACUCACUUCCACAUAUUAUAAGUUUCAUUGAAUGUAAUUCCAGUCUGUUAAGGGUGAGAUGAGGCAGAAACAAUGUUUCUACAAUAUGUAGCUUAAAAUUGUAAAGGAACUUCAUAGACUUCCCAUUACUUGGAAGGUUUAUCUGUCUGUAAUUCAAUUUUUUUUCCAGAUGUUGUGCUGUGAUCAGCUGCUCACUUGUGGCUGCUUUAUCGUUUUUGUAACCAGGUCAUUCUGAAUUAUCCAACUCUGUUACCACGAGUGUCACUUUAGAGGAAUGGUUGUGAGCAGCCUUUGGAGAUUGGCUGUCUCUGCUGACAGUCACAGGGUGGUUUGAUCUGUGAGAAUUCUAAAGGGAGCUGAACAUAACAUCAUACCCCACUUAAGGAGGGGUAGUUAUUGUAUCUAUUUUUAUUUCGUUUUUGUGACUUCUCUGCAAAAGUCAGUGGAACAGGAGCACUUUGAGUGUUUCUAGGGAUUGCUGUUGAUUCCAUUUUGGAGUGAGCACUCAGAUAUAAAUGUUAAUUCUGUUUUCUUUUUGAUCAGCCAUUCAAAUUGUAAAACUGUUGGUCUCUGUUCUCCACGUGGGAUCCUCCUUUGAAUUAACUUUAUACAUUUGAAAGAAAAUCAUGAUGUGUUUGUCUUGUGUUUUAUAACCAGUGACUUUUCUGUUUGGACACAGUGAUUUUAAUUGUUGCAAAAUUGAAGUUGCCUGCCAGCAUUUAUAGAACUAUAUUUCUUGUAACAAAAUACUCUUUUAAGUGCAGGUAUCAGCAAAAUGUGUAAAAUAUUAUUGUCUUGCAAUUUCUGCUUCAGUGUAUCCUAAUUUUCUGUAAUCUGCAUUUAAAAAAUCAAAACCUAACAACACUAAAUUCUGCAUGUCUGACUUUUUUUUUUCCUGUGUGGCAUUACCUAAAGGUAAACACUGCUCUCUUAAUGUAGGUUGUGAGUGCUGCAUGUGUGCUUUUCAGAGCAGUAGUGUGAGGAAGCUGGCAGUGGAAUGGCAGGACGGCCUCAUCCUUAUGACAGUAACUCCAGUGAUCCAGAGAAUUGGGAUCGGAAAUUGCAUAAUAGACCUCGUAAACUUUGUAAACAUUCAAGCACCUCAUCCCGUGUUGCUAAAGGCAUAGACUACACCAAAAUGAGCCUCCAUGGUGCCAGUGGUGGACACGAGAGGUCAAGGGACAGGCGCAGAUCCAGUGACAGAUCUCGUGACUCGUCCCACGAAAGAGCAGAAUCUCAGCUCACUCCAUGCAUCAGGAAUGUCACUUCACCAACAAGACAGUAUCACUCUGAUCGCGAGAAGGAUCACAGCUCAUCCCGGCCCAGCAGCCCCCGGCCCCAGAAGACAUCCCCCAAUGGUUCUGUUGUCAGCAUGGGCACCAGCAGCAGGAACAGCAGCCAGUCCAGCUCAGAUGGCAGCUGCAAGGCUGGUGGGGAAAUGGUGUUUGUGUAUGAAAAUGGCAAAGAGGGGGCUCGGAACGUCAGAACUUCCGAGCGAGUAACGCUCAUCGUGGACAACACCAGAUUUGUUGUAGAUCCCUCCAUCUUCACUGCACAGCCUAACACAAUGCUGGGCAGGAUGUUUGGAUCAGGCAGAGAACACAACUUUACACGACCCAAUGAGAAAGGAGAAUAUGAAGUUGCUGAAGGAAUUGGCUCCACUGUAUUUCGUGCUAUUCUGGAUUACUACAAGACUGGGGUGAUACGCUGUCCUGAUGGGAUAUCUAUUCCUGAGCUCAGAGAAGCAUGUGACUAUCUCUGUAUCUCCUUUGAGUAUAGUACUAUAAAAUGCAGAGAUCUGAGUGCUCUCAUGCACGAAUUGUCAAAUGAUGGUGCUCGCAAGCAAUUUGAGUUUUACCUGGAAGAAAUGAUUCUGCCAUUAAUGGUAGCCAGUGCCCAAAGUGGGGAGAGGGAAUGCCACAUCGUUGUGCUGACAGAUGAUGAUGUUGUUGACUGGGAUGAAGAGUAUCCCCCCCAAAUGGGAGAGGAGUAUUCACAAAUUAUUUACAGCACGAAGUUGUAUAGAUUCUUCAAAUACAUUGAAAACAGAGAUGUAGCCAAAUCGGUUCUGAAGGAAAGGGGGCUCAAGAAAAUCCGACUGGGCAUUGAAGGUUACCCCACGUACAAGGAGAAGGUGAAGAAGCGGCCGGGCGGGCGGCCCGAGGUGAUCUAUAACUACGUGCAGAGGCCGUUCAUCCGCAUGUCGUGGGAGAAGGAGGAAGGGAAGAGCCGGCACGUCGACUUCCAGUGCGUGAAGAGCAAAUCCAUCACCAACCUGGCGGCGGCAGCAGCCGACAUCCCGCAGGACCAGCUGGUGGUGAUGCACCCCACGCCGCAGGUGGACGAGCUGGACAUCCUGCCCAUGCACCCGGCCCCCAGCAGCAGCGAGCUGGAGGCCGAGGGCCAGAACCCCCCGCUCUGAUCGCGCUGCCCCACACAAGCAUGCUCCCUCAGUGACUGUUCUCAGCUCAUGCCACACUGCAAUGCCAGUUUCUCCAUUGUGUCCCGGUGUUUAGGAUGUUGCAGCAGGGGCCUGGCAGGGCCCCGGGGGUGCCUGGUUGCUCUGGGAGGAGCUCAGCUCCAGCGCUGGGCUCGGUGACGUUCGUGUCUGUGUUUACCAGUAGGUGUGUGACGUUGGUGACUCGUGAGCUGGCCUGGCCCCGCUCCGCGGCCCUGGAAGCAGAGUGGGAAUUGAUAGUAGCACUUUACAAAUGGUUGAGAAGUGGAAUUUGAAGCCAUUUUUUAUAAAUGUAUUGCACAAUACUAACAAAGUGCUUCUAUCAAAGGUAUUAACUGUACAUAGUUUUGCUCUGAAUAGAUUGACCCUUUUAAAGUUAUUGUAUAUGGUUGAGCACAAAACUACUUACUCUUGGGUUUUUGGAUUGAGGACGUGAUUCAAUGACCCAUGUAACAUCUUGUUCAAGUUCUUUAGUGAAUUUUUUCACUUGUUUGCAGCGUGAGCCAUGUUCAAAAAUUGUGAACAACGGACAGGGGCUUUAUCCUAAAUUUUGCCUUACCUUAAGCUGUUCACAAGUAUUUAUUUAAUACAUUUUUCAUAAGUGUCAUGGAAUAGGAAAAUGCAAAUGGUUCAUUCUUCAUUUAUUAAUGAUUGUAAACAAGUUUUUCAUGCAAAUAAAGUUUCCAUUAUUUUAAUGGGCUUGAAUUAUCUCCGA